GUGUUGGUAACAUUGUUGUCUAUACAUUUUUUUAAUAGGUAAGACUUUAAUCAUAUGACAGUCAGUCAUUUAUUUCCGAACAAAAUGGCUGUGACCAUGGUCCCCUUUUGGUUUUCCUUGAUUUUAUCCAUUAUUGGAACGAAUGCUGCGGGCGAAUUUAGCAUUCUAUACAGUCCAGACUCCCUAAGUUUUAAUGGACAAAGUAAAGUCUUGGAGAGUACCCUUAAGGAAGUGUUUUCAGCUUCUUGUGGACUCUCCGUGGAAGAGAACUCUGAAUGGAAUGGAUUGUCGAUAAUCGAUCCCUUUAACACGCCAGAGGCUGUUGUUGAAGUUUACAUUGAUGGUGUUUCUAGCCUUGGUAGUGCAGCCGGUUUAAAGUCAAAGACCUUCCCAUUGACUGUAGAUGAGUAUGAACCUGACACAUAUGAUGAACUCAAACACAGAAUCAAGCAGAGGUUCACAAACGGAGGCAACAAAUUGGUUAACUUUAACCUGAACAACCCGGAAGAUCUGGCAACUUACUCUGAUGUCUUUGGUGAAAUUGCUGUGCCCAAGGUCACAAAACAAAGCUUGCAACAUUUGAAAUACACAGUUGAAGAGGAUGUCCAAUUCUUGUAUGAGCUGGCUGUAUUGAAAGCAAUAACACAAAAGAUUGAAUCUGGAGUAGUAAGUGCAGACAACAUUAUUGACAUCUAUAACUUCAGAUUCCGUUCCCUGCAUGCCUUGUCAGACUUCCAUGGACCCAACUCCUUGCAAACUAAAGAGGCUAAGAAGUUGUUGGGUGAGGCGCUUGAAGAUCUUACUAAAGCAUUUGUAAAGGCCUAUGAUGGUUCAGCACUAGUCACAGCCGUUACUACCGAUGUUGCCCACACUCGUCGUGCUGUCCGUUCCCUUCCUGACAGAGUAGAACUGAAGAAUUCUACUGAAGACGAUGGAUAUUCCGCUGACUAUGCCGCAAUAUUCAAUAUUAUAUUGUGGUUCGGCGUAGUGUUCGCAUUCACGCUGGUCGCUAUCGUAUAUGCUCUGAUGGAUAUGGACCCUGGCAGGGAUUCCAUCAUCUACCGCAUGACAAGCACUAGGAUGAAGAAGGAUAACUAAAAAUGUAGUGUGUAAGGGCUGUUCAAAAAAUAGAGUACACUUUUGAAUAAGUUCUAACCGCAGUAUUAUAUAAAACAUUGCCCUUGUUACUCUACAAAGUUUCAUUUAGCAAUGAGUAAAAUGAAAACAAGUGUAAUGUAAAAACAAGUUCUGUCAUCUACUUGAAUUACCUAACUUAGUAGUAAGUUAUCUUGGCUUAUCAUGUUAUUGUGUUGGAUGUUUGUGUCGUUGAAAUAAUUAGGCAUCCAAGUCAACUAUCCAUUAUAAUACCAACCUACUUCUCGGUAUAAGUGUAAUGUCACAGACAUUGUAUAAAUAGUUUUAUUAGAUAUAUAAAAAUAACUUUGUUGAAAAUGUUAAAUAUUUUUAUUUAUUUUGAAUAUAAAUGUACAAAGUCGUCACCUAUAAGUUUGGUUCUGUGGUACCUACAUGAGUAAUGAAACUGCAAGAUGUUUUCAAGUUUGCUUGAAAUUAAUAAAGAAUUAAAACUCAACUUAAUGUUACAUACUACCCAUUGCAGUAAUUUACAAUGUUGUGCCCUGAAUUAUUCACAUAUUUAAAAUAAAUACAUUCCCUUUAUUUGA